AUGUCAACGACACCAAAAACAUCCAAUCUAAAUAAAGGUGCACAAGGUGAAGCACCAGCAAGUAAGGGACCACAAGCAAAUCAAAAUGAAAAUAAUCGUUAUGAAAUUGUUGAAUGUGGUCAAUUACAUACACUUAAUUAUCGUUGUUAUUUUCGUGAUGUACAAACAAAAUUAAUAGUAUCACCAUUUCAUGACAUUCCACUUGUUAAUGAACAUUAUACAUCAUCAAAUCAAAAUCAACGAACAACAAUUUAUAAUAUGGUUGUUGAAGUACCACGAUGGACAAAUGCUAAAAUGGAAAUAAAUAAACAAUUAAAAUUGAAUCCACUUUCACAAGAUGUUAAAAAUGGUAAACCUCGUUUUGUUCAUAAUGUAUUUCCUUAUCAUGGUUAUUUAUGGAAUUAUGGUGCAUUACCUCAAACAUGGGAAGAUCCAAAUCAUGUUGAUGAAGAUACAAAAACAACAGGUGACAAUGAUCCAUUAGAUGUAUGUGAAAUAGGUACUGAUCUUCAUCCAACUGGUUCAAUUGUACCUGUUAAAAUAGUUGGUGUACUUGGUUUAAUUGAUGAAGGUGAAACAGAUUGGAAAUUAAUUGGUAUUGACAUUCGUGAUAAACUUGCAUCACAAAUAAAUGAUAUUAAUGAUGUUGAUACACAUCUUCCAGGUUUACUUGAAGCAACACGUCGUUGGUUUAAAUAUUAUAAAGUUCCAACAGGAAAACCUCCAAAUAAAUUUGCACUUAAUGAACAAUAUGGUGAUCGAGCAUAUGCACAACGUGUUAUUGAUGAAACAAGAAAAUAUUGGGAAAAAUUAGCAAGUGGUGAAACAAAAGUUGACGAAAAAGUUUGUUCAAUUGUUAAUACAACACUUCAUAAUCGUGGUACAAUCAAAAAAGAAGAUGCAGAAAAAAUUGUUGAAGCUAAUGAAAAACAUCAAAAAGAACCGGCCAAACUUGAUUCAAGUGUUCAUCAACUUGCAUAUGUUCGAGAUCAAUGA